UACGGGCAGGGAGCUACAAAGUCUUUAUUUCCGGUUUUGCCCCCCCUUCUCUUUCAUGAAGGAGAGGGAAAAAUAACUGAAAGCGUUAGAAACAAAAAUAACUGAAGGAAAGGGUUAGAAACAGAAAAGGAAAAGUUGCAAUUUUCUGGGUGAAGAAGAGAAGAAAUGGGUACAGUGAGAAUACCAGAUGUUGUUCCUUCUCCUACUGAAGACUGUGAAACUCUCGUGAAAGCCUUCAAAGGACUGGGAACUAAUGAGAAAUCAGUGAUAUCGGUGUUGGGGCACAGAAAUGCAAGCCAGAGGAAGAAGAUCAGAGAAACCUAUCAGCAGCUUUACAACAGGUCUCUUGUCGAUGACAUUUUUGCUGAAUUAUCUGGUGAUUUCAGGAAUGCUGUAAUCCUGUGGACAUAUGACCCUUCUGAAAGAGAUGCACGACUAGCAAAUGAAGCCUUAAAGUCAAGAAAGAAAACCAUCACUCAGUUACAAGUGAUAGUAGAGAUAGCCUGUGCAUCAUCUCCUAAUCAUCUGGUCGCUGUGAGACAAGCAUAUUGUGGCCUUUUCAACUGUUCAUUUGAAGAAGAUAUCACAGCAAAUGUCCCUAUGCCUGUACGAAAGAUUCUUGUUGAUCUAGUCAGGUCCUAUAGAUAUGAUAAAGAAUUGGUGGAUCCUAGUAUUGCAAAUGCAGAAGCUGCUAUCCUUCGUGAAGCAAUAAGGAUAAAACAGUUGGAUUCUGAUAAUUUUCUGAUGAUACUCAGCACAAGGAAUUUUCAUCAGCUUAGAGCAACUUUUGAGUGCUAUAAGCAAAAUUAUGGAUUCUCCAUUGACCAGGACAUUAAGAGCUGUGGAAAAGGUCUGCUGGAAUCUAUACUGAAGGUGGUUAUCUGGUGCAUUGAUUCACCAGAGAAACAUUUUGCUGAGGUUGUAAGAGCCUCGAUUGUCGGGAUAGGAACUGAUGAGAAUUCUCUAACUAGAGCCAUUGUAACUCGAGCUGAAGUUGAUAUGAUGAAAGUAAGGGGAGAGUAUUUCAUCGCAAACAAGACUAGCCUUGAUAAUGCAGUUAUUGGUGACACGUCAGGUGAUUACAUGAAGUUCCUGAUGACACUGCUUGGUGCCAAAGUGUAGCUCUUUGGCUUUGAACAUCGUGUUGUUGUGUUUCAAUACUAUGCUUCUACUUUGUGUGCUUUGAAAAAUGUUAUAUCAAAAAUUGAUGAGUGGAUUUGUUGUGAAAAACCUAAGUGUUGGAGAGUGAUUUAUUAUAUAAGUUUGUAGUUCGUCACUUGCUUGUGAGUAAAUAGCAGCUUUUAUUUCCUGAGACA